GUUUGCGUUGUGAUUGCAAUAAUUCGCCCAACAAAUAUAUAUAUAUAUAUAUACGAGUACAGUAUAGUAUAUACGGAGUAGUGGAGUGCAUGCUUGGAGAGCGAUUGCAAUUUGCAACCUCGUACUAUUUAGCAAACUCUACGAGAGUAUCAACAAGGUUUGCCUGAAUGGAGACCCUUUGCCCAAUCGAUACCCAGUACGCAGACAUAAUCUCUGCCCUUCUCAAUCCUCCUUCACUUCAUCAAGUUCAGGAAUACUUCGAUCAGCUCAUAACAACUAAGCAAUGCCGUGGACUUAAAGUGGAACAAAAAGUUGGCUAUGGAAAGGGUGUCUUUGCUGACCUGGAUUUCGAAGAAGGGGAUCUUGUUUUAAAGGACCAAAUGCUUGUUGGUGCUCAACAUUCUUCAAAUAAGAUUGACUGUUUAGUGUGUAGUUUCUGUUUCCAUUUUAUUGGCUCAGUAGAACUUCAAAUUGGGAGAAAACUCCAUUUUCAAGAUUUAGGUGUUUCCGCAAACAAUGAAUGUGAUAGGCAGACAAUUUCAGACAUCCCAAAAGAUUGUUGUCAAAUGGAUUCAUCUGAUAGUGAAGACGAUUCUUAUAGAGAAGAUCACGGAAGCUUGCGAGCAUGUUCUUCCAGCAGUUCUAAAGAUAAAACUCCUCUCCCAAAAGAGGCCGUGGAGUCAUUAUUGAAUGGUGGUUUGGUCUUACCUUACUCAAAACAGUUUUCAUUGCCUUCAGUUGUUUCUUGUCCUGGUGGAUGUGGGGAAACUUACUAUUGCAGCAAAUCAUGUGCGCAGGCUGAUUGGGAUUUAUUUCAUUCUUUACUUUGUACUGGGGAGAGGACAAAAUCAUUACGUAAAGAGGCACUUUUGAAAUUCAUACAGCAUGCUAAUGAAACAAAUGAUAUUUUCCUCCUUGCUGCCAAGGUGAUUUCUUUCACCAUUUUAAAGUACAGGAAGUUGAAAGCAGCUCAUCUUGAAGAAAAAGGGAAGUAUGCUACUCCCAAUGAUCUUGACCAUUGUAAUUUGUCUCUGCUUUUGGAGGCUUGGAAGCCUAUAUCAAUGGGAUACAAGAGAAGAUGGUGGGACUGCAUUGCUUUGCCAGAUGAUGUUGACUGUCAUGACGAAGAUGCAUUUAGAAUGCAAAUAAGGGAGCUGGCAUUCACGUCACUACAACUCUUAAAGGCAGCUAUCUUUGACAAGGAAUGUGAGCCAUUAUUCUCCCUCGAAAUUUUUGGGCAUAUUAUUGGAAUGUUUGAGCUUAAUAAUCUUGAUUUGGUGGUAGCAUCUCCAGUGGAGGAUUAUUUUUUGUUCAUUGAUGAUCUUCCAUACUCUGAAAAGAAAGCCGCUGAUGAAAUUACACGACCUUUUCUGGAUGCUAUUGGUGAUGAUUAUUCGGUUUAUUGUCAAGGUACCGCAUUUUUUCCAUUGCAGAGUUGUAUGAACCAUUCCUGUCAUCCUAAUGCCAAAGCAUUCAAACGAGAAGAGGACAGGGAUGGCCAAGCAACGAUAAUUGCUCUCCGACCCAUUCGUAAGGGAGAAGAGGUAACAAUAUCGUAUAUAGAUGAGGAUCUUCCUUUUGAAGAGAGACAGGCAUUACUUGCAGAUUACGGUUUCAGUUGCAAAUGCCCGAAAUGCUUAGAAGAAGAGCCAUAACUGCACAUAAUUUGCUGACCUUAGGAUACUGGUGGUGCUAGAUGAUGAGAUCAGGGAACGUGGUUUCCCUUCGAAUUGUUUACAAUGUCGGACUUCACCAAGCAGUUGUCAAUUUUGAGUUAUAUUAUUCGUUUUAUUUUUAUAUUGUACUUUAGAAUGGAAUUAGUUUUAUUGUUUGUCUAGUUCGGUCUUUAAACCCGAUGAUUUCAGUAAGAGUGACAUAUGUAGAGGUUAUCUUUCUAUACACUUGCCUGAACCAUAGAAACUUUUUAUUUUGUUAAACCA